AUGUGGGUUCAGUUGACUAUCGUCCUGACGGUGCUGUGCACUGUGUUUACGAAUGCGUUUCAUGUUGCUCAUUCGGAUGUAAACCAUGAACAGAAUGAUGACAUUGUACACGCACAAUGGAACAUGCUACAAGACGGGAAGGAGUGUCGCUGUAAUUCUCCCACUGAGACUGAACCCACUGAAACCACCCCUACAACAAUCGCAACCACUGAAUCCACCACACGCACAACAACGCGUCGAACCACUGCCGGGACUAGCGCCUGGACUAGAGCCGGGUCUAGUGCCGGGACUGGCGCCGGGACUGGCGCCGGGAUUAGCGCCGGGCCUAGCGCCGGGCCUAGCUCCUGGACUAGCGCCGGGCCUAGCGCACCGGAUGAAUGUAGGAAAGCACUUUCCACAGUCAGCGAGAUCAGAAUUUACCUCGAGAUUGCCAUUAACUCGCAAACGGAAUACAAGUUCAUGAAUGAGAAAGAUAUGCAAAUAUUAUCUGUCCUCAAGGAUUUCAAUGUCAGCAAAGUGUUGACUUACAAGAUCAUCACUCUCAUAGCGCCAGGUGUUUGUGAGGAAGUGGAAAUUUGCAAUGGCCCCCUAGUCUGCAGCACGGAGUACUGCGUUGUGAAGCAACCGAAACGGGUGACAUGUCCUGCGAUUCAUCCUUCGUGCCCCUUGGUGCGCUAG